GUGGUGAGGACGGUGCGUGCGGGAUGAAUGUGGCCAAUAUUCCAGUAGUAAAGAAUUAGUCAAUUAAGACAUACUUUGUUUUUGUGUUGUGUAGUACUGUUACAUAAUAACAUGUGUUGUUUAUUCGCUGGCGCAGCUGAGUCGGGUCCAUAUUAAGUUAUUAAUGCGAUGUUAAAGUGAUGGAUCCGUUCUAUUUUUACGAGGAUAGUAGGCUCAGAAGAGACUGUGUAAGAUAGAGUAAAUGUCAAAGACAUUUCAUCAUGCCAUUCGUCAGAAGUGUACGUCCUUUUUUUCAUACCAAGAUAAAUAUAAGUAGUACAAUUUUUCCUCAGGAAUUUAAACUCAAGAUGAUAUAAGGUCUGAAACAUGGGCUCUGUGCCCUAUGUAUUAUCCAGUUUAGAAGAUGUGUCAUCGCUGUACGCUCCUCUCAGAUCCACACAGAGAAUCAAGUACACCUGCUUCACUGUCUCAAAAAGUUUUCUAAUAUUUGGUGCCACAAGUGGAGGCCUCUAUGUGUUUCGCAGAGAAUCGUGUGUUUUUCUACAGUUGAUUCCUAACAAGGAGGGGCCUAUUCAGCAUGUGACAGUUUCUCCUGAUGAGCAGCUGUUUGCAUUUGCCACUGUUAAGGGAGCAGUGUGUAUGCUUGAGCGGAACCAUGUAGCUGGAUCACGUCAUUUGCACAAGUCAUCUGAACAUGUUGGUACUGAAGUUACUGCCUUGUGUUGGGGUGCUCAAAAUGAGCUGUACAUUGGAGAUGCCUUGGGGCGAGUAUCAGUACUCAGUGCACCCGUGCUGGGGAAGAAUGUUUUUAGCACACCAUCAUUCCAGCUUAUGCAGCUUGAUUCACGUGUGGUACAAAUGGAUGGACAGGAUGGACUUCUGUUGGUGUCAACACUCACACGAUCAUUUAUCUGUGAUACAAUUAGAGAACAAUAUAGGCAGAUAGGGCAGAAGCUUCGGGAAGGGGAAUUUGGAGGCUGCUUUGCAAAGCAUGUUGAAGAUAGGCAACCACAUAUGUUUUGUGCUCGACCUGGAUCACGUAUUUGGGAAGCUGCAUCAGAUGGAACUGUUCUGAGCACACAUCAGUUCAAACUUGCUCUUGCUGUACCUCCAGAACCAGUUAUAAGUUAUUCUAGUCAGAAUUUGCCAGUCAGUUUAGAAGGUUCCAGUGUCUGUUGGAAUCAGCAGUCAUUUAAUUUUGCUAAGCUGCUCACUUUAUCUGAUAGUUUUCUCUUUACUUUCAAAAGUGAUGGACUUUACAUUUUUGAUCCGUAUACAGCCAGAGUGAUUCUGUGGAAUAACAGCUUUACUGAUAUUGUGGAUGCUGGCACAGUAGACAAUAGCAUUUACGUUUGGACGGCCACAGGGAAAAUGCAUGUACUUACACUUCAUCCAUUGGAGAAAUUCUUGUUACUACUGUACUUUCGUAAACAGUAUACAUUAUGUGGCCUAAUGUGUAAACUUCAUGAGAAAUGGUUAUUGGAAGCAAUAAACACGUCUCCGAAACUGUGUGUGUUAGCAGAUCUUACAGAAAAGUUGGAACUUGAUCAAGAUUUAGUCCUGUCACUAUCACCACUUCUCAAAGAAUUGUCAAAACAUGCUGAACAGAAACAGAUAGCUCAGCGCCUUGAUUCAGGAAUUUUCAUUGUCGGUAAUGAUUACUUUCUGUGCAAUGAGAACAACACUGUUUCCGAAAUCCCUAAUGUAAGAAGAACGGAACAUCUCAAAGAUAAAUCAAGAUCACUAAGUCUCUCCCCUGAAAGAAACAGUGCACACAAAUUAGAAACAGUUAAUGAACUUGAGAACAGCAAAAGAUGUGUCAGUCACAGUUCUCUGCCAGAUGUGACAAAUAGUUUGAUUGAUCAGCAACGUCCUUUUGUUGAUAACAACAUGAAUAAAUGGAUAACAGAAGAAAGUUGUGGAAAUUAUGUGGACCCUGAUAGCAAAUGUAGUGAUGAUUUUCAAACAUCUGCUGUACCAUCCCAGGAAGCAGUUCAAGCACUGAGAGAAAUAGGACAAUCAGUUACAUGGACAAUUACCAACAGUACAAAGUCUCUGAAACAGAAGUGGCAGUUUCUGGAAGACAAGGUCAAGAAUUUCGCUCAAGAAAACUCUUCUCAGCCAUCUGAAGCUUUGUCUCAUUGUCAGUUAACUGAAGAUAAUUCUCUUGUUAAUUCAGAAAGAGCAUACGAAAAACAAAGUGUCUUGGAGUAUCCAAAUUUGAAUGUGUCUGAUUUAAUUAACAUCUGUGAUGAAUAUCAUAGAAUGGAUAUUGCUGAUACGGAAUCACUAAGAAUGAAUUUUUGUAGUAGUGUCAUAGCAAUUUCUUGUAAAUAUAACCAUUAUAUAAACAGAAGGAAUACUAAACUAGAUUGUAGCAAAGGUGACAGUUCACAUUUUAAAGAUGAAAGUGAACAUUUGGAUGAAAGUGUUGAUUCUUUGGUAGUGGGAACAGCCUUUCCAUUUCACCACUACUUUUCUCCAGAGAGACUUGAAACUAUGAAACUCUUAGUUCAUGAUGUUUUGAAGCAUAAAUCUCUAGUCAAACACUUAAAAGACUUCUUAUAUGAUAUAGAACUGCCAGAAAGCUCUCUAAAAGACUACUUUACUGUUAUUUCACAAGAUAGUUUAAAAUUAGAUGUUGCUAUUGGUAGAUUUUUGUCAUUGUGUUCAGAAAUAAUUGAGCCUGAGACCGUUCUUGAUGAUUUAAGGAAACUGGAAGUGCCUUGUUACUUUACCUCUCUUUCUGUGUUACUAAAUAUAGUCCAGACAGGUGCUUCAAAUUUUCUUGGUCCUAGAAGUAUAGAGAAGAGUGACAGUAGCAAUGGUUGGUCAGAAUUGCUGCUACUUAAUGCUCUGUUCAUUACAAUGCAAAUGGGUCAGACCGAAAUGUACAAUUCAGUUCGAAAGGAAAUGUAUGUAAAGGAUAUUUGUUAUUUAGCCAUAAAGUUGGAGCAAUAUAUGGUGAAACAUGGUGAAAGUGAACAAUCUGCAAAACGUCACUGCCAUUUUCUCUUCCUCUCUUGUGUUGUUAAAUUGCCUAACUUCAGAAACACUGUACUGGAUUCGGUACAUGACAGCUUCCUUGCAAAUUUCAUCACCGCAGCUUUAGAAUCAGUGAACCAGGAUUGUGGAAAGACAUGCAAGUGUGGAUAUCCUCUGGAAACACCGAGUAGUGAGAAAGUUAAAUUUAUUGAAAUAGGUACAAUUGUUUUAGAUUACUUUCAGAGGACUGAUCAUGAGCGAGCAUUACUUCUGUGCAAACAGAUUCCUCAUUUAUGGUUUAAUAUGUUACAUAAGAAGUGUGAUAGGUCAGAUACAGACUUAAAAUUGAUUGUGCAGUUGGGCAGUAUACAAGAUUUAGAAGAAUAUCUGUCUGAAGCAGAUGUAAGUUUCUGGAAUCAUGUUUUAUCUCUGGUGUUUACUUUUCGCUCUGGUAUUUGCCUGGGCUGUAGCUACCCGUUUACGGUAGAAAAGGAUUUCCAUGGUUCACUGUCUCUCUCUUUGUUGGGUGCUUUGAUUGUCAAAAGCCUGGGCCCUCAUGGAGCAACCUCUCUCUUCAAGAAGCAUAGUCCACAGAUUCAGCCUGGUGAACUUGAUGCAAAGUUUUUCCAGUCCUGCAUCUUUGCAGCCAUGGUAAAUGUAAAAAAGGAUGGACUACAAAGUACUGUUGUUGAUAGAGUACAAGGGCUGUCCGGACAUUCAUCUAAAGUCGCCACUUUCUCAUCAAAGGCAGCAGACAGGAUCAACAAAGCUCUUCAUGAAGAUGGAUUUGUUUUGAAACAGACAGGAUAUAACAACAUCACAGAAAGAGCAAAUAAUCAUCACUGGGGAGCACGACUUGACCUCUCUCAUGAUACAUGUGCUCUAUGCUGCUUGCCCUUAGGAUCACAAGUUUUGCUGAGAGAAGGGCAGGGCCUUACUGCAUAUCCAUGUGGACAUGUGUACCAUACAGUUUGCCUCCGGAAGAAGUAUGCUACCUGCCCUCUUUUUUGUUAAUCUAUGUUGAUUGCUAAUGAACAAAAUGUCGUAUUUCGAGGCUCUCUUUUUGAUACAUACUAAAAUUAAUAACACAAGUAAUUUCAGUGUUAUAGUUACUGUGCAACUUGUUACCUUCAUAUUUGCAUUCCUUACUGACAUAAGCUGAAAAUUAUUUUUUCACAAUAGCAGCAAAUGUCUGUCCCUUGUUAAACAGUCACCACCAUGAUGGUCAACUC